CGCAUUUUAAUACACAAAUAUAAACAAAUGUGGUAAAAACAAACAAUAAUUACUAAUAUUUAAUAGAUUUCCAUUAUUAUGGAUGAAUUAAAUUUAUAUGACGAUUUGGAUGAGUUUCAAGAGCAGCAAGAAAAGAAAUCUAAAGAAUUGCAAGAUGUAGAAGAAAAAUAUCAACAGUCCCUAAAAACUAUAGAAGAGUUGCGGGAGGAAAAUAAAACGCUGAAGAAAAAUAUUCAACGCAUAGAAUUAGGUUUUCAAAGUCUGCUGGAUACAGCCCGCACAGAAAUUAAACGCAAAGACAAAGAAAUUGAACGUUUGCGUAAAGAAAAGGAUGACAUUUGCUUCAGACGCAAAAUUCCACAAAAGGCUAGCAAUAAUAGCGGAAAUCAACAGUUGGUACACGAUGCAACUGUUAACAACCCCUUUAAGUCUGAUAGUGUAAACAAUAAUAAUGAAAGUUCAACAAUUGAUACUGCCACCAUAAGAACUGCAGAUCCAUCUAAUUAUGAUCUAAAUACAGAAGUUAAGAAACGCCAUCGUGGUCGCGAUGAGGAACGAGAUCAUCAACCAAGUGACUAUAAAAGGCAUCGAGGCGCUAGAGAUGAGUUUAAUGACAAAUUUGAGCAGAGUUCUCAUAAACAUACCAAAAUUAAACAUAACAGCGAUGAUGUCCAAAAAGGCAAUAGAGAUCUUUACAGAGAAACUGAUAAAGACUCUCACUACCGGCGAGAUCAUAAUAGAAAUCGCAGUCGUGAACGUAAAGAAUAUGAUAAAACUAGUAGCAGACAUGGCAAGUCUUCAAAAGCUUCUCGUAGUCCCGAUCGUUAUGGCAGACACUCCGAAAGAAGUCGCAGUGGAGAACGUGACAAAUACCAACAUUUUGAAAGAAAUCGCAGUCAUGAUCACAAAAACUCUGGUAAAUAUUCAAAAUUAUCAUCAAGAAGCCCAACGCGUAAAAACACAGAAACUAAUCGUGAUGAUUAUCAGCGUGAUAAAAGUUAUAAAGAGACUGAUAAAUCCCAUAAACAAAUUGAUAAGGAUUUAGGCAAACAAAAAUCAAAAGAUUUUAAAGAAAAAGAAGAAAACAAAAAAACAAUUUUAGUUAAAGAAACUGAACUUAAAAGAACUGAUAAUUUACUAAAUGAAAAAGCAAAUAUGCAGCUGCCUACUGACAAUAAAACAAAAGGAAUUAAUUCAAGAAACUUAAAAAAUCUCGAUAAAAAAGAAACAACAGAAAUUACAUCCUCAGACAAUUUAAAAAUUGUUACUAUAAAUGAAGAGUUAAGUGAGAAUCAAACCAAUAAUUCCGAAAAGGAACUAAAUAAACAAAGUGAAAAUAUCAAGCAGCUGGAAACAAUACAAGCCUUAAACCAAUCCUCUGUGCCAGAGCCCAGCAAAAUUUGUACUCCCCGUAAAAUAGCAUUAUUUAAUCAACUUUUUGGACAGACGCCUAGCGAAAGCAGUACAACUGCAACUAGCGGUAAUAGUACAAAUUCACUUUUAAAUAACAUUAAAGGCAUACUGGCAAAAUCGUCUCCAGUAGAUGUAAUAAGUUCAGCUACUACUUCACCGGGUGAAUACACAGACAUUAGUAGUGGUAAGGCGACUCCAAAAGAAAAUGCUAUAGAAAUUGUAAGUUCAGGCAGUAAUACACCACAUGUUAACGAUGAUGUAAAUGAUGAGCUACCUACUCCCAAGAGAAUUGACAUUGAUAUAGAUGAGUGCUCUAUUCCCACUUCAAAUAUUCCUCAAAACAUCAAGACUAUCGCCUGCGUAGAUUUAACAGAAAUUGUUGAUGAUAAUAUUGAAAAUGAACUGGAAUUUAUACAAAUACCUGGACUGGAUUUGUGUUUUCAAAGUAAAAAUAAAGCUAAUUCAAGUGAAAUACAGGAAAACGAAGAUAUAAUUUCUAAAGAUCAGAGCAAAGCUACAACAAAAAAUAAUAAUUCUGAAAUAAAUGAUGAAGUGAAAACAUCACAGGAAAAACUUACAGAAGAACUAAAUGAAGGACAUGAAUUGGAAACUGAUAAUAAGCCAGAGGCAACAUCUUGUGCAAAUUUUGACAUUGAUAGUGAACUCGAAAAUGAAGCAGAUAAUAUUAUAGAGCAAGAGAGCUGCAACAUAAAUGAAACACUUGAAUUGUCACCAUCUGAACAAGAUAUUUCUAAAGAAACUACUGCUGCUAAUGCUGAAUCUCUAAAACCCGUUCAAUUGGAGAACAAACUUAGUGAAAUUGCAAAUAAUUUGACUAGCGAAGUUGUAAUCGUUGACUCUGUAAAAUCUGGCAAUGGUUUGUCUUUUCAAAAUCCUUAUAAUAAAGAAAAUGACAACCAAUCUUCGAAGAAUAAGUGCUCUUUAGAGGAAGAUGAGAAUAUAAACGAAAUGAAAACUAAUCUUAUAGCUAAAGAGAAACAACUAUAUUUACUUGAAGAUGGAAAUGAAAAUAGAGCAACAAAGGAUGCUGAAGAUGAAACACACACAAGUUCUAAAGAUGAACUUCAAGCACAGACAAAACAAAGAACUAUUAAUGCCACCAUAUCAAUUGAAGAAUCAAAAGUUGGAGCAGUUGCUCAGGCAUGUUCGUCUUCUGCAAAAACAUCUUGUCAGGAAGAUGACCAAAAUUUUAUUAAUUUUAAAUCUGGAGACAAAAAUACCCUUGUUAUUGAUAAUAUUCUUGCCAGUAAUUCAAAUUCUAAAGAAAAUCUAGUUGAUAUAAUUGUAGAAUGUGACAAACAACUUGAAUCAGCAAGUGAAGCUAAAUUAUCUAGCCCUGUGCCUUUAAAAGUUAUAACAAUAGAAGAGCAACAUGAAGCAUUAUCCCCCUGCGACCCGGCUUCCGCUUCUAAAUCUAUAUACAGUAAUAUUAAGAUUGUUGAAGAAAAUCUUGCCACAACAUCAAACAUUAAAGAAAAUUUAAAUGAAAUUGUCGAUAAUAGCAAACAAUCUAAUCCAACAGUUACUGACGUAUUAUCUUCUCUUGAAGCCCUAAAAGUUGUACAAAUACAGCAGAACGAAGCUUCCUCCUUAUCGCAAAAGUUAGCUGCUGCUACCUUUGGGAAUGAAAGAAUUGAAACAGCUGCAAGUGUUAACAAAAUCACAGAUUCUGAUUUGCUAGAAGAUCCUAUCAAUAAUACAUCAAGUUUCUCUGAAACUAAAACUCAUUUAGAACCAACAACAAUUGUUGAAGAUAAUUUGAAUGAAAUUGAAAUUGUAGAAAAUGACAACGAAUCUGAACCUAAACAAAGGGUCCUUGAAGCUGUACAAAGGGAAGAGAAAAAUGGUUCCUUAUUAAUAGAAAAAGAUGGGCAAAUUCUCUCUCCGUUAACAGAUAAUCAAGCAACAUCCUGUUUAACUGAAAAAUUAGACACUACUGAUUAUGCAUUAGAAGCGAACGCAGAAUAUUUAACUGGUGCUGAACGCACUGAGUCGGAUUUGUCCGAAAUUACUGAAAACAAAGAGGACUAUUCAACUAUUCAAGAUGACUUUAAAGUUGUACAAAAUAAGGAACAAUAUCCUUCCUCGAUAGAAGCUGAAUCUGAAUAUUUAACUGCUGCUGACAGCACUGAGUCGGAUUUUUCAGAAAAUACUGUUAACAAUGAGGACUAUUCAACUAUUCAAGAUAACUUUAAAGUUGCAAAAAAUAAAGAAGCCGACACAGAAAAUUCACGCCCAACUGAACUUGCAUUUAAUGAUUCAACUGCUAUUGAAAUCAUUGAAUCCCAUCUCUCCGAAAAAUUAUUGAAUAUUGAGGAAAAUUCCUUUGAAUCUAAUGCGAAUGGUCAAGAAACUUCUUUGAAAACUACCAAAGAUAUUGUUGCUCAAGAUACUAGAAAUGAACAGCCUACAUUAGAAAUUAACAAUUCUACAGCAUAUGAAGUCGAUAGCUCUGAUUUAAAACAUAAAGCAAUUUGUAAUGAAAUUCAAGAAAUAUCAACAAAAAUAGCAAUAAAAGAUUCUAAUAGAGAUAUUUACACACAAGAGCCAAGUAUUUCUACUCUAAAUGAAGAUAAUAACAAUGAAAUUUCUAAAAAAAUUACGGGUUCACAUUCAAGAGGGGAAACUUCACCAACGGCUCUAGCAAAAGAUUCCAAGAUAAUACCAAUAUUGCAAUCAAGUGAAACUUUAACAAACAACACAGAUUUAGAAGCGAAAGAAAAAACAAGCAGCAUCCUGGAGAACGACACUGAAAUCACAAAUGAAACACCAACACUGAAAGCAUGUGAUUCCUUAGAAGUUAACGAAAAUAAAGAUGAAACUAAAGCGGAAAAUAAAGGUAUGGAUGUGGAAGAAAAAUUAAGCAGCCAUGGAAAUUAUGCAACUGAAUCAUACGUUGAGGAAACAAAUGAAGAGGCCAUAGAAGGAAUUGCGGGUUUAGAUGCGAAAAAGAAUAUAAACAGCAGAAAGAAGGACGAGAGUACAACUAAAUCGCAUACUGUGGAAACAUCAACUGAAGAUCCAGCAAAUGAAAACUUUACCAUUCAAUCUAAUGUUUCUGAAGCACUUGAUACAAAUGAAGAAGCAAACAUACCAAGUUCAGGUUCGAAAGAAAAAUCAGGCAGCAAUAAAAUGGAGGAGACUAUAGGGGAUUCUUUUGUUUUAAAAACUCCAUUAAGAACAUUAACAAAUGAUACGACAAAUAAAACUCUAAGCGUGAAUACAAGUGAUUCUGAAGCUGAAAAAAUAAACAGCACCAAAAAUGAAAUAACAAAAAUGUCUGCUCAAGAUUCUGAAUCCUUAUCCCUAAAAGCAUGUGAUACCACAGCACAAGCAGAAAAUAAAGAUGAACAUACAGCUGAAAUCUUUGAUUUAGUUUCAAAAGAAAACACAAAUAGCAAGAAAGGUGAUGCAACUAAACCAGUAUCACACAUUGUGGAAACUUUAACAAAAGAAUCAAAAUCAGAAGAUAAGAAUCACGAGUCAUAUAAAUCAAUGCUUGAUAUGACUACUAAAGAUGAAAAUGUGGCUGAUAAAAACGUUAAUUUGGAAUUAACAGUAAAAUCACCAACAAAAGAAGCAAAUGAUGAGGCAAUAAGUCAUAAAAAUAAUGUUACUGACACAGCUUCACAUGAAACGGAAACUAGAACAACUAUACCAAAAGCUGCUUUUGAAAAUUGUAAUUUUGACACAGAUAGAAAUGUUGCUAUUGCAGUAAAUAUAACCGAUGAACCAGAUCAAAUGGAAUUUAAGGAAACUUCAUUAGGGAAUAAUACUCAAGUUUCCCAAAUAAUCGCAGAAGAAAGAACUACAGAAAUGAUUACUCAGAUAUCAAAAUCACAAUGCUCUGAGGCUACAUUACAAAAGCUAAAUCAAAAAUCAAUCACUGAUAUAGAAAUGGUUGCAGAGGCAUCAAACUCGAUUACUAUAAGACCAACAGAUGUUUCCAUUGAAGUUAAAACUAAUUUAACUGAACAAAACAAAUCCGAAACUGAUUCCGGUGUUAACAAAGCAACACAGAAUUCUCCAAAGAAAAAACAAACUAAUUUUUCAGAAAUUUUAAAGAAACAACUGAAAGAAUAUUUCGAAAAUAAGGACAAAAACUACACCGAAAGUAAUGCUAAUAUUAAAACCAGUUCGAAGAUGAUUCCAAUAGCUUUUGAAAAUAAAAAUGAACAAAAACUCGAUAACAAGUUUACUAAAGCAAUUGAGAAAUGUGUUUUAGAAACCGACUGGGGUCAAACAAAGAAAGAUUUUGAAAAACAAAACAACAAAUUUAAAUCUUUUACUACUAAAUUAAGUGAUCAUAACAUUUCUAAAGUUGCUACAGAGAAAACAGCAAACGAUUUCGAAAAUAAAGAGGACAAGAAGACACUAAAAGAUUUCGAAAUUAAUGAAAGUAAACAAACUGAAACUGUUUCAAAUCAAACUCAUAAGAUAAAUAAUGAUUUAGAACCUCAUAGAGUAGAGUCAUUAAAUAAAGGGCAAGAGCAAGUUGCUACAGAGAAAACUGCAAAUGAUUUCGAAAAUAAAGAGGAGAAGAAAACACUAAAAGAUUUCGAAAUUAACGAAAGUAAACAAACUGAAAAGGUUUCAAAUCAAACUCGAAAGAUAAAUGAUGAUUUAGAACCUCAUAGAGUAGAGUUAUUAAAUAAAGGGCAAGAGGAAAAGAACUUACAUGAUCUGCAAAAUAAUUUGUUUAAGAAACCUUAUACCUCUGCAGUUGUAGCCUCCCCUAAGAAAAACACUACAACUAGUUUAAAAAAUAAAAACGAGAGGACACUAAAAGAUUUCGAAAUUAACGAAAGUCAACAAACUAAAACUGUUUCAAAUCAAACUCAAAAUAUAAAUGAAAAUUUAGAAUCUCAAAGAGUAGAGUCAUUAAAUAAAGGACAACAGGAAAAGAUGUUACAUAAUCUACAAAAAGAUUUGUUUAAGAAACCUCGCAUUACUUUAACAGCCUCCCCUAAGAAAAACACAGCAAAAACUAGUUUAAAAAAUAAAGAAAAACUUGCCAAAUCUGAUGAAAUUACUGGACAACUUGCAAAUAAUUUUAAAGAAGCAAUUCCUAAUCAAAAUAUUGAAAUCAAAGAUAAAAAUACAAAUGAUUUCGAAGCUGAUCAAACUGAUAUUGUUAUAGAUCAAACUCCAGAAAUAAAUGAAGCUAUAGAAAUUCCAACAAAUAAAGAGGAUAAUCAAAAGGAAGUUCCUGAAAAAGAAAUACUAAAUAUCAAAACAUCUUUAGACUUAGUAUCCAACAAAAAGCCAACAACGACUAGUUUCAAAACUAAAAAAGAAACUUCUUUUAAAUCCAUUGAACUGAAAGCUCAAUAUUCAAAACAACACAAAGAGCAACAUGCUGCAGUUGAAACUCCCUCGGUAUUAGAGCAACAAUAUACAAAUACUGAAUACAUUGGAACCUUAGAAAGUGUCAACAAAGAUUGUGAAUCAAAUUUAAUUGAAAAUAUGCCAGUUAACUUGCAUUCAAAAAAAGCUUUACCCGUUGAUACUAAAAUGUCUACUGUACUAAAUACAAUAUCAAAUCGAGUACAAAAGACUUUGGGAGAUAUUGAAACUGCUAUAACUAGCUAUGAGUCUGAAGCAGAUAAUGAUAAUAUUGCAGAUAGCGAUCACCCAAUACCAUCUACAUCUGCCCAGAGUUUAUUUGAAUCAAUGGCUCACCAAGUAGGUGAAGUAACAAGAGAUGAAACUCACAUACAAAAGCAAUCAUCAAUCGAAGAAGCUGUGCACAAGGAAGCAAAAAUAAUAGAGGAUGUUGUUAAAAAUUCUAAAGAUAUUUUAGAUAUGGAAAAAUCCAGAAAUGUUCCUGAAGAAAUCCUUAAAUCAGGCUCGAAAUUCCUAAAUAAUAAUUCUAUUUGUUCAGUUGAGCAAACCUUAACAUGCGAACCACAAGUUGAACACACUCAAAUUAUAUGUGAUGACAGAAAUCAAAUCAACAAAGAUUCCAAAACAAUUCCCUUGUCAGCCGUUGUUAAUAUUGAACACAGUCCACUGAAAACAAAAGAUUUGUUAACAAAUGUUUCAAAACAUCCAGUCGAAACACUAAAAAUGUAUAGUCCAAAUAAAUCAUUUAAGAAAUUAAUUACUAAGGAAAUUAAUAUGGAAGGAGAAAUUGUGGAAGUAGUUACAAUACAGAUGCCCACUGAUUCAAAUGCUGCCAACUCCAAUAUAACACAGAAUAUCUUGGAUAAUAUAAAGAAAAAUCUACAAACAACUGAAAUUCUAACUGGAGUAGAAUGUUCUUCAAGUAAAGAUCAGCAAGCUGUGAAAUUGGCUACGAAAAGUAACAAUUUAAAUAGUCAGUCUAAUGAAAAUAGCACUGCACAAAAUAAAUCUGAAAUUUCUACAAACGAAUAUAAUGUUGAAAAGAAUAUUAUCGAAAAAUCCCCUUUAAAAGAAUGCCAAAAUACAGGAAAAGAAACUGAAAUUACUCUCAGUGAAGAAGCUCAAUACCAGACACCCAAAAAAUUGCCAACCACACCAGGCAAUUUGAAUAAAAUUUAUAAGAUUGUCCAAGUCAACUUUCACAAAAUGGCCUCUAACCAACCGGAAACGUUUAGUACUCCUCCAGCACUACCCUCAAUUUCCACCACUUCUCCUACGCCCUCAAAUUUUAGUGGCAUAUUUUCGAAAAAGUCCUCCCCCAUUGUCGCUACAGAAGAUGAUUUCAUUAAGUCUAAGAAGAAAUCACCACAUUGUAUUGCCAAACCUAAAGAGUACAUUUUACCGGCGGCCAGUGUUUUGUGUAACGUUGACAAUUUGGAGAAUGCCACAAAGACAAACAAGAAAUUGCACUGGGAAUUGUUGGAUAAUAAAAAUGAAAUGACAGAAAUUGAAGAUGAUGCCGAUAUUGAUAGCACAGAUGAGGAAGAGCCUAAAAUUAAGGAAGAGCCCAUAGAAAAUGCUUCGACAUCACCAAAACAGUCCAGCCAACAAACUAUAACCAGUGGCCACAAGUUACAGAAAUCCUCACCAUCCGAAACAGACACCCAAACAGAAGACGAAUCCCUAUUGAAAGAUUUGAGAAGACAAGCGGGAACUUACAAAAAAUUAAACUUUAAGUCUUCGAAAGUUCGUAAACCUAAACAACGUAAACACAAAUUGCCUAAAACUGUUAAAUCUAGACUAAAAGCUAUAGGUAUGAGUAAUGCAGACACUUUCAUAGAUGGUAAUCUGAUGAUACAGAAGCCUUUCUCCAUUGUUAUGCCCAAGAGACCGGUUGGCAGACCAAGAAAAUUAGAUAAUUGUUCUAAAAUCAAUACAGUGGAAAAUAAUAUACCCAAAAAGAAGAGAGGACGCAAACCUAAACAAAUCAUAGAAGAAACCCAAAAGGAACCAUUACAAGUUAGUUUCAAAACAAAAACUAAUGAAUCAAAUGAAAAAAGCAAAGAAACCGAUGAACAACAACAAACUAACAAUACUACCACUGCAGAGUUUAAAUGUGACCAAAAUCGUGAUCAUGAAUCGUUAAAUAGUAGCGAUAGAAAUAUUCCGGAAAUAAAUAAUAUGGAAAAUUCAAUGAAAAUACUGUCAACGUCCGUUGAAAGACUGGAAAUCUGUGAUGAGUCUUGUACAUCAAAAGAUUCUGUUAAUGAGAGAAAAUCCUUCGGAAAAGAGAUCGAAGAUUGUAAAUACCAAGAUGCCAAUAAUACAUCCAUGAUUUACCACAAACAUGAUUCUUCAACGGAAGAUAAUGCAUUAGUAAUUAAUACAUCAGUAAUAGAAAAUCAUGCAGCUGAAUGUAAUAAAACGUUGGAGAACAAGGAUAAAGCAGAGUCAUUAAGUGAAAAACAGAAAUUCAUAGAGAAACACAUUACCUCGCCGAAUACGGACUCGCGGAAAAAACAUCAAGAUGUUGCUUCAAGCAGUAGGGAAGCUCAAGAAAAACGUGAUAGUGAGACAGCAAAAUUGCCAGCUGAUAAGACUGAUCUACACAUUGAACCCUCAACUACGGUUUCUAUUAAAAAACACCAUGAAGUUCCUUCAAGUAGUAAAGAAAGUCAAGAGAAUCGCCUUAGUAAUAAAAGCCACAGUGGGCCAGAGGAAAUUAAAGAGAAAUCAUUGAAAUCUAAAGCUUUAAUCAAGCCUUUAAUGAAAAGGAAACUUAAAUCUAAAAUUAAAAAUAAGGUAACGAAUUACAUAUCACUGGAAGAUAUUGGUAUUAAAGUAAGACCUCUCAAAGGACAUUUAUCCUCAUUUCGUAUACCGAAAAUUAAAAAAGACACUGAAGAAACUUUAAAUAACUCUUGGAAAUUAGAAACAUAUGUGGAGUUGGAAAAGGAAGGUUAUAAGGAACAAGUUAAACAAACAGCCGAACAUACAAAGGAAAGUAAUGACAUGAAAUCUGUAGUAAAUAAAAAGGAUUGUCAGCAAGACAAGCAGCUGUCAUCAAGACAAAAUGUUUCUAAAGAACGGGAAACUAGUAAUAUUAAAGAAAACAGUCAGCAAGCCAGGAAAUCCAGUAAUAUUAAAGCUCUGGGAAAAGAAUCGAAUAUAGAAGCAGCACCAGAACAAUUGAAUAAACAACAAAGUAAAGACGAAACUGAACGUCCCAGCAAUUAUAUUAUUAAUAUCGAUAAUAAAACAAAAAUUGGCAAAAGGAAACUAUAUAGUCCAGAUAUGUACGAUGAAGGGGACAAGGAGGAAAUAACGCAUACAGAAAAUAACAGUUCUCAAAUGUACCAGGAACAAUGUAAAUACCUCAGCAAAACCCAUGAACUAAAUCCGGUAAAACUUAGGCGAAAAUCUGUACAUAUCCCCAAGCAUAUUCCAGAUUCCAGCCACAACACAAACUCGGACAGCGAUGAAACUCGUUCGUCUAAUAAAUGUACAAAACCCCGUAGAAAAUCAAUGAAUGUGCAUAGAAGAAUUUUGGAUUCCAGUUGUGAUGAAGACGAUGACACUGAUAAACAAUCUUCUACAGAAAUUAAAACAAAUCAAACAAUUUCUAAAACGGUAGUUGAUAUACAAACAAAGUUUAAUCAACAAAAAGAAGCAAAGACUUCAAAUAUGAAUGAAAUUAAAAAACCAUUGAGAGGUCGCCGAAAAUCAAUGUAUGUUGAAAGACCAGCAGUAUUGGAAGCAGUUGAGUCAGAAGAAACGGCCUCAAACACGCGCCGUAAAGCUCUCCGCAGAAAAUCAAUGUAUAUGGAAAGUCCUGCUUUAGAAACAGUUGAAUCUGAAGAAAAGGAAUCAAAUACUCGCACUAAAGCUGCACGCAGACAAUCAAUGUAUGUUGAAAGAACAUCAUUGGAUGAUAAUGCAGAUACUUCUUCAAAAUCUAAACUUCUUCCAGAGCCACAACAUACCGUAGACAAUUCAAAAUCAGCUGAGAAUAAUAAUAAUGAUUGUGAUAAGAAACAACUGCAAACAGAAACUAUUAAAUCAUUUAAAAUGCGCAGGAAAUCAAUGUACACAGAUCCAAAAUCUUUAAACAUUUCUAAAACGGAAAUAGCUAAAGUGACGGACAAGUCUAACAAUUCAUUAACGCAAGACAGUGUUCAGCAAUCUAGCAAAACAACUAAAAACCAUGACUUGGAACUGCAAACUAACAAAGAUGGAAAUCAAAAUGUAGAAUUAUCAAAAACUUUGGGCAAAAAUUUAAAUGAAACUAACGAUAAGAUGGACCAAACAACAAAACCUAUAGCUUCAUUUAAAAUGCGUAGAAAGUCCAUGUAUGUGGAAAGAAAUUCUCAGAAAAAUGAAGAAGUUGUCAAGGAUAAAACUGAUGAAAUAGUGGAGAAGAAGGUUGAUGAUAGCAGUGAACAAAACAAAUUAGUUUCUAAUACCCCAAUCGUAUUGCCACAACAAAAACCAAUUCAAUCAAUGCGAAGAAAGUCUACAAACCAACGGAGCAAUUCGUUGAAUAAGCUAAAAGACAACAGCCAUCAAAUGGAUACAGAUUCUGAUUCUGAAAUUCUAGUGUCUCAACAACAAAAACCCAAUAAAAUGCGAAGAAAAUCUACAAAACAGCAACCUAAUACAGACAUCAGCAGUGGGAAUAUAAGCUUGAUGAAUAAUACAGAAGAUAAAAAAGAUUCAGUUGAAAUUAGCAACUCAGAGCAAGAGUUAAAGAAAACAUCUGAAAAUAAGAGCAACCAACAAAAGGACUCAGGUACUGAUUCUUCAGUUAUAUUGACACAGCAAAAGUCUCUUAAAAUGCGUAGAAAGUCUACAAAUCCACCACAACAUUUAGAUUCAUGCAGUGUGGACCGAAAUUCGUUGAAUAUCGUAGAUUCUAAAGAAUCAAAGAAAUCUAAACAAGAUGUGGAGAAAAACCCUGACAGCCAACAAACAGCUGCAGAUUCUCAAUCUUCAGUUGCAGUGGCACAACAAAAAUCUAUUAAAAUUCGCAGAAAAUCUACAAUAGAAAGACGAGAUUUAAGUUCCAGCCAGGUCGAAACAGAUUCGUUUAUUGAUGAAGAAACUAAAAAGGUUUCAGUCGAAUCUAUUAAAACUAAACAAGAAGUAAUUAAAAACCCUGAUCAAAACAUUGAAAGCAAUCAGAAGAUGGUUUCAAAGUCUGAAAAAUCCAUUAAAAUGCGUAGAAAGUCUACAAUUGAACGGAGCAAUGUUGAAACAAUCGAUACACCCGACUCCAACAAACCCAAGCAAGUAUUACAGAAAAAGCAGCAAGAUAUGAUUCCCAACAUAGAUAAUAUCGAACAAAAGGAUCCAUGUUCCUCUUCUACAGAUACAAUGUCACAACAAAAACCCCUUAAAAAUCGUAGAAAGUCAACAAAUCAACCACAAAUUACAGAUUUCAGCAGUGCUGAUCAAAAACAAGAACCCGAAAAGGAUACAGCUGCAGACUCUAGCUUAACCAUACACAAUAGUCGUGCCAAGGAAGCUGAUUCCGAUGCUUCCCUAGUAUUGACACAACACAAAUCCAUUAAAAUGCGCAGAAAGUCAACGAAUCAACGUAGAAUUUUAGAUACCAGCAGUGAUGACGAUGAACCCCUCAUUAAAAAAUUAACUGUGAUAACAAAUGAACCUAAAGCUCCCAACACAGCAGUGGGCAAACCGAGACAACGUAAAAGACGCGUUGUUAAAGUUUUGAGCACAUCAAUGGAGUCACCAGCUAAUUCCUGCCAACCUUCGCCCUUCACCUCACCCACCCUCAAUCAUCCCAUCUUUAAUACAGAAGUUCCGACGCAAAGUAAUGAAUUUGCCGCCUCCAUGCCCAUGACACCCAAUCAACAAGACGAUAAUAAAUUCAUGGAGAUCGAUUCGAAGUUACACGAAAUCUUUCAAUCGCCACAAUAUACCGUUGAUUAUAAAAUUUCACCAGCUGUGGAUGCUUCAAAUCUAACGAUUUUACCACCGCCAGCCUUAAAUGAUUCCAAAUCGAAUGUGACAAUAGAUGAAACACCGGAUUUCAAUCGGGAAAAUGAUCAAAGUUCUAUAACUAUGUCUCAGCUAAAUGAGUCCAGCACAUCAACUUUAAAUGAUACGACAACAACACAAAAUGGCAGCGAAAUCAAACAUUUAUCGUUGGGUACUGCUGAUUAUCGUUUUGAAAAGGUUUCCGAUAAUGUCAUCAAUUUGUUUAUAUCACGUAAGCGCAAACGUAAGCGCAAUAAUUUAAAUUAAAUUUAACUAAAUUAAUAUUAAAAAAUACUGUUUAGUAAUUAUUUAGAGUUAGAAAUUAUUUUAGUUUUAUGUUUAAUUUAAACAUAUUUUCAAAAUUCAAAUCUGCAAUAAGAUUAAUAUACCAUUUGUUAAAUACUAUUUGUUUAUUAAAGAUUUUUGAACUGAUUUUAACCAUUUUUGUUUGUGUUAAAAAACAAUAAUUCUGAAUUACAGCUAUUUUUAAAUCCACUUAGCCUUACUAUUUAUGUGUUAACAAUAUGAAUUUUUUUUUUAAAGUAUUUAUUUUUUUUAGUUUUAACGUUAAAAUAACAACUCAAAAUAUUAAAAUAAAGAGUACUCCUUAUUUUUAAAUUAAUAACAA